CUGGUGAAUAACGGGGCGGGGCGCGUCAGCUGACUCCGGAGCUCGGCGUUCGGAGGCCGUUAACGGUAGCGGCGGCCUGGCUGGGUGGAAGGUGGAGGGUCCCGGCCCGAGCGAGGCAUUAUGGCAACCACUGUCAGCACCCAGCGGGGCCCGGUGUACAUUGGUGAGCUUCCUCAAGAUUUCCUGCGCAUCGCUCCAACACAGCAGCAGCAGCAAAUCCAGUUGGAUGCGCAAGCAGCCCAACAGUUACAGUAUGGCAGUCCAAUGGGCACAGUGGGCAGACUCAGCAUUACUGUAGUACAGGCAAAGUUGGCAAAGAAUUAUGGUAUGACCCGUAUGGAUCCAUACUGUCGGAUACGGCUUGGCUAUGCUGUGUAUGAAACUCCUACAGCUCAUAAUGGAGCCAAGAAUCCACGCUGGAACAAAGUUAUUCAGUGCACAGUUCCCCCUGGUGUGGACUCUUUCUAUCUUGAAAUAUUUGAUGAGAGAGCCUUUUCAAUGGAUGACCGCAUCGCUUGGACACACAUCACUAUUCCUGAAUCUCUGAAACAAGGGAAGGUAGAGGAUGAGUGGUAUAGCCUGAGUGGAAGGCAGGGUGAUGACAAAGAAGGAAUGAUUAACCUGGUUAUGUCAUAUACGUCUGUACCAGCUGCUAUGAUGAUGCAGCCCCAGCCAGUGGUCCUGAUGCCCACAGUGUACCAGCAAGGAGUUGGAUAUGUGCCUAUUGCAGGAAUGCCUGCAGUCUGUAACCCAGGCAUGGUACCAGUGCCAGUACCAUCUCCUGCAGUUAACCCUCAGCACCUGUGUAAUGAAGAAGAUCUGAAAUAUAUCCAGGACAUGUUUCCCAACAUGGACAGGGAAGUAAUCCGUUCAGUGCUAGAAGCCCAGGGAGGGAACAAGGAUGCAGCUAUCAACUCUUUGCUUCAGAUUGCUGAAGAGUCAUAGAUGCCUAUCGCCUGCAUUGUCCCUGUCUACGAUGCCACCCUUAUUUUGACUUGCCAAGCCAGGGAUUUAGCUAGAGGAAGAAAUUCCUGACAAAUUCCUGACAGAGCAUCCUGUCUGAAAGAUUGUGCCCCUCUCUCUUCUUGGACACUUUGCACGUUUUUCACUUUUGUUUUCAACUGUCAUUCA